UCCUAUGUGUGUGGUUGCCCAGUACAGAAAUGCUUACAGCUGCCUUUAGAAGCAACCCCAGUUGCUGCAGUGAGAUGGAAGCAUAACUAUGCACAAGGACUGGCUAUCACACCCUGCAUGCCCACCCAGAGAGAGGGAAUGAAGGUCAUCUGCAGUGGUUCUGCCUUUGGCUGCAGUGAGCUGUGAGUCCACAAUGCCAGGCGCUAGCAGGAGCAUGUUGCGCAUUCUUCAAGAGGAGUUAUGAAAAGGAGGAAGCCGGCCAGCAAACCAGAACCCUGGAAUUAUCCUCCUGGAGACCCGGAGCUCCAGCAUUCCGCGGGGGAAGAUGUGGGCAAGGAAGUUGGAGUGGGCGGAGCUUCGUCAUUACCUUCCCCCACCAGCCAAUGAUGGGUGAUAUGCAAAUGAGUCCGUGAUCAGCCAGCCUCAGUCAAAACAGUGAGCUCAGAGGCUCUGGGAAGGCGCGCUGCGCGGGGACCGAGUUCAGUCGCUUUUAGCACCGCGCUCCAUGGAGGGGCGGACGGUCCCGUGCUUAAUGCUGUGUAACUAGUGCAGGACCACGGCUCAGCUCACCUCCGCCGAAAUGAAGUAUAAGAAUCUUAUGGCAAGGGCCUUAUAUGACAAUGUUCCCGAAUGUGCCGAGGAGCUGGCCUUUCGCAAGGGAGACAUCCUGACUGUCAUUGAGCAGAAUACUGGGGGGCUAGAAGGAUGGUGGCUGUGCUCCCUACACGGUCGGCAAGGCAUUGUCCCUGGCAACCGGGUGAAGCUUCUGAUUGGCCCCGUGCAGGAGACCCCCUCCAAUCAUGAACAGCCUAUUUCUGGACCCAUGCACCAGACCUUUGGCCAACAGAUGCUCUACCAAGUGCCAAACUCACAGGCAGCAUCUCGAGACACCGUCUACCAAGUGCCACCCUCCUACCAGAAUCAGGGAAUUUACCAAGUACCCACUGGCCAUGCUGCCCAAGAACAAGAUGUGUAUCAAGUGCCACCAUCACAGAGAAGCACCGGAGGCACCAAUGGUCCCCACUUAAGUAAAAAGGUGAUCACCCCUGUGAGAACAGGCCAUGGCUACGUGUAUGAGUACCCAUCCAGAUACCAAAAAGAUGUCUACGACAUCCCUCCUUCCCACAGCACUCAAGGGGUGUAUGACAUCCCUCCCUCAUCCAUGAAAGGCGCUGUGUUUUCAGUUCCAGUGGGAGAAAUAAAACCUCAAGGGGUGUACGACAUCCCUCCUACUAAAGGGAUCUAUGCCAUCCCACCUUCUGCUUGCCGUGACGAAGCAGGGCUUAGGGAAAAGGAAUAUGAUUUCCCUUCUCCAAUGAAGCAAGCUGGAAGGGCCGACAUCAGACCCGAGGGGGUUUAUGACAUCCCCCCAACCAGUGCCAAGCCGGGGGGCAAGGACCUACACACAAAGUUCAGUAGUGAUGGGCCGGGGGCUUCGGAGCCCAUGGCGCGAAGGCACCAGAGCCUUUCCCUGCACCACCCGUCCCCACCGCUGAAACAGCCCGUGGGCUCUCAGAAUGAUGCCUACGAUGUCCCCCGCGGGGUUCAGUUUCUGGAGCCAUCAGCAGAAGCCAGUGAGAAAGCGAAUCCUGAAGAAAGAGAUGGCGUUUACGAUGUCCCUCUGCACAACGCCCCAGACACUAAAGGCUCUCGAGACGUGGUGGACGGCAUCAACCGGUUGUCUUUCUCCAGUACAGGGAGUACCCGGAGUAACAUGUCCACAUCGUCCACCUCCUCAAAAGAGUCCUCACUGUCAGCCUCCCCGCCCCAGGACAAAAGGCUCUUCCUGGAUCCAGACUCUGCCAUCGAGCGGCUCCAUCGGCUCCAGCAGGCCCUGGAGAUGGGCGUCUGCAGCCUAAUGGCACUGGUGACCACGGACUGGCGGUGCUAUGGGUACAUGGAAAGGCACAUCAACGAGAUCCGCACGGCCGUGGACAAGGUGGAGCUGUUUCUGCGCGAGUACCUCCACUUUGCCCAGGGCGCCGUGGCAAACGCCUCCUGCCUCCCGGAACUCCUGCUGCACAGCAAAAUGAAGAGGGAGCUCCAAAGAGUGGAGGACUCCCACCAGAUCCUAAGCCAAACCAGCCAUGACUUAAAUGAAUGCAGCUGGUCCCUGAAUAUCCUGGCCAUCAACAAACCCCAAAACAAAUGUGAUGAUCUGGACCGCUUUGUGAUGGUGGCCAAGACGGUGCCCGAUGAUGCCAAGCAGCUGACCACCACCAUCAACACCAACGCAGAGACCCUCUUCAGACCAAGCCCCGGCAGUUUGCAUCUAAAAAAUGGGCCCGAGAGCAUCAUGAACUCAGCCGAGUACCCACACGCUGGCUCCCAGAUGCAGCUGCUACGCCCUGGUGACUGCAAGGCCCAGGCCCACAACAAGCCAAUGCCCUCCACCCUGGGCAAGGACCAGCCACCUGACUGUAGCAGCAGCGACGGCUCCGAGAGGAGCUGGAUGGAUGAUUAUGAUUAUGUCCACCUGCAGGGUAAAGAGGAGUUUGAGAGGCAACAGAAGGAGCUGCUGGAAAAAGAGAAUAUCAUCAAACAGAGCAAGACACAGCUGGAACACCAUCAGCUGAGUCAGUUCCAGCUGUUAGAACAAGAAAUUACAAAGCCUGUGGAGAAUGACAUCUCUAAGUGGAAACCCUCUCAGAGCCUCCCAACCACAAACAGCAGCGUGGGUGCCCAGGACAGGCAGCUGCUCUGCUUCUACUAUGACCAAUGUGAGACCCACUUCAUAUCCCUCCUCAACGCCAUUGACGCACUCUUUAGCUGUGUCAGCUCAGCCCAGCCUCCUCGGAUCUUUGUGGCCCAUAGCAAGUUUGUCAUCCUCAGUGCACACAAACUGGUGUUCAUUGGAGACACACUGACAAGGCAGGUGGCUGCACAGGACAUUCGCAACAAAGUCAUGAACUCCAGCAACCAGCUCUGUGAACAGCUCAAGACUAUAGUUAUGGCGACCAAGAUGGCCGCCCUCCAUUACCCCAGCACCACCGCCCUACAGGAGAUGGUCCACCAGGUGACAGACCUGUCCAGGAAUGCUCAGCUCUUCAAGCGCUCUUUGUUAGAGAUGGCAACAUUCUGAGGAGAAGAGGAAGAAGAGAGGGGACUGUGUGAAUGGUUACUUAAGGAAAACUGGAAAAACUAUCUGGUUUUUGUAAAUGUUAUCUAUUUUUGUAGAUAUUUUAUAUGAAAAUGAAAUAUUUUAACAUUUUAUGAGUUAGACAACUUUCAGAAAUUCAGGGAGCUGGAGAGGGAAAUCUUCUUUUUCCCUGUGUAGUUCUUAUGUACACAUAAGUAGCUAAGACAUAAGCUGUACAGAAACAUGUCCAUAUGUGUGUGGAUGACUGUGUAUUCAUGGGUUUUUUUUUUUUUUUUUUAUCUGAUACAUUCCAUUUAAGAAACAUGAAUUAAGAAGCACCUUAGUAAACACAUCCAAAUGCUGCAUUUUGUAGUUUUUAAAAAGUUGUUAUUGUUUAGAAAAUGUUUCAGCUGGUUGUAAUAUUGCUCUACCUGUAGUAGUGGCACAUGAAAAUCUGGGAAAUCAUGAGCCUGGCACAUGAAAUCAUGUGAAAAUCUGGGAAAUACAGCAUAUUUACAAGUGUUCACCAGCGAAGAGAGAAGCAAGAAAGCUGGCACACAUCACUCUUCAUUGUGUGAAGCACUGUAUGCUUUAGUCUUGUUUUAAACCUCUUUCAAAAUUGACCGCUAGGACACAUUAUGCCAAAUCACCCCACUUCUGGUUGAAAAGCUCUCUUGGAGAGCAAAUUUCAGAAAAUGUACGUUAACCCAGGCCCAGACAGUUUAGGUGCUGGGGAAACAUGUGUAAUGUAUUAAGAGACCAUGUCUACAAUUGGGAUUGGGCUAUUUCAGUGCUGAGAGGUAGAUACAGUAAAGAGUAAUACUUGUUUCCCCAGGGCUAUUUAAUCUUCUGCAUUUGUGAGUGAUUCAGCUAUCAGGUUUUCCAAAGAAUAUUUUCAGAGUUGUAAAAAAAAAACUUGUUUGUAGCAGGAAUUUAUCAGAAUGUCUAGAUCAGAACGUCCUUUCCACCAAAACAAGUAAUGGUUCUAUCUUCCAGUUGUAAAUAGAGGCCUUUCUGACUCUUCACAUUCAGUUGUUACAUACUUCUAUCCCAUUACCAAAGAAACUGGCAAGGUCCUUAGUCACUAACAUUCAGAGCCACCUGGCCAUAUCCUGGUCUCUUUGGUUGGUCUUGCACCCUCCUUGAAACUCAUAUAUGCACACUUGACUCUCAGAGCCACAGUAGAGGGUCCUUCUGAUCUUCGCAACUCCGUGUGGCUACUGUCCUUGUGAUUAAGACCUCCCACCAUCUCACAGCUAGUCCCAGCAUUUGUCUCAUACUCUGUCUUCUCUCAGCUGCCAGUGUGGACCUAGCACAGUCGUCAGAUUCAUCAUGGGCAGAUGAAAUACUUCCUACCUGGCAUUUUCAAGAAGCCCUAUUUUCUAUAGUCUUGCAGACCAUAGUACUCUAGUCUUUUUGGAAACGUUUUCAUUUGCAAUAUUUGCAGUACAUUCCUUGGCCAAAUUAGCUUACUAAUUUUGAACAACCAAAUCAUUGAACCAGGGAGGAAUUUAAGAAAAAUGCAUGUCCCUGGGGUGAUUUAAAGAAAUAAGUGGAAAUUAUAGAAGGUGCUUUUCAAAACAACUACUAUUAUCAUUCUCAAAGUUCUACACUACCAAAAGAAGAUUUAAAAGUGUAUUGUUAUGUGACAAAUAAAUGUGUGUGGAGGAGAGGAGUUGCUGAACAGCAAUGACUCUUGAAGACAUUAAAAGUCUGCCCUUGUAGAUCUCAUUGCAUGAUGUAUAUUUCUUAGGCAAUAACAGACUUAUUCUAAGCUAUGUGGUGAUAUUUCACACCUUCAGAGGCAGAAUGUUCAAUCUGUAUUACUUUAUUUGCCAUCUUGUAUGUAGAGGCUGUUUUCAAAUCAUUAAAAUUUUAGAUGUUUUUAUAGUCACUGGGUUUUCUUUCCCAUAUUUCUGUCUUUGUCAUAGAAUUAGAUAUAGGCUUAUUUUGGCACAAGUUUUAAAUUAUUUUAUUAACUCCCUCAAUCUGGAUGUUUUUCACUGAGGGUGUGUGUGUGUGUGUGUGUGUGUGUGUGUGUGUGUGUGUGUGUGUGACUUCAGUGUGCCUUUGCAUUUGAAGAAAAUUUUAUAACUUGUGGACAUUACCAAAUUUAAAUAUCUGAAACAAGGCCUCUCUUCAUCAGAAAUCCUACAUAUUUAAUAAUGGGUAGGAUGAUUUCUGCCCUUGUUAUAUGGAUUUUACUGUUCAUGUAAUUAUAAAAUCAGAGGAAAUUGUUCUAUUUAUUCUGAAAUAGACAUAAAGAAAUAAUUUAAAGGAAAAUCUAUUUGAAGAAGAAAGAUUCAUAAUCAUGUAAAUUACAACUUUUAAUACUUGGCCCACUCUUUCAAGAAUCCCACCAAGAUUUAUAAUAAAGUACUUGAAUACA